GUGUGUGGAUAAGCAGACAUGACUUUUGGUUGGUUUAGUCAUACCAAAACAUAAAAUAUGAAUGAGUUACAUCUGAUAUAACAAUAAACAUGUCCCACAAAUAAUAUUCGUUGGGAAAAUACCAAAUUAUGAAGACCCGAAACACAAAAGCAAUCUGAAGGACACUUGACAACUUUUAAGUGUAGCACAACGAGUAAUUACGGCUAAAUUUCAGUCACUAGUCUUCGAUUACAAUGUACCAAACUUUGUCAAAUGUUUUUCUUAUAUUGCGUUUAUUUCGUGUUGUCUUUCGGGGAAUUUUCAACUGGGGAAACAUGUACGAAGUUCGCGAGUUUUGAAACCCGUUUGAAAAGUGAUUUUGCGCCCACCGUUUUUCGUAUGAGCGAUGACAAAUGUGUUACAUAUUCUAAGUGUUAUGGAGAUAGAGACGACGAAGGAUCCGGUUAUGAAGAAGAUUUUCCAAAUCAGUUGUGUCCUAUUACACUCACCACUGAUGAUGCAAUAAUCUUUGAUCUGGAAAAAUAUUCAGCAAAUGGACAACUUGUUGGGUUUCAAAAUGAAACCGAUUUUGAGGAAUGUCAAUUUGAAAAUUCCACCAGAAUCGGAAAAAUCAAUUUUUCUUCCAGAGUUGGUUCAGUAUUUGACCCAGGCAUUUAUUUGCUUUCAUUUAUUAAUAAAGAUAAUAAUGAAGAUUGUUUAGAAGGUUUGAGGAUCAACAUUACCAUCUUCAAUGUUCAAUGUUUUACACAUGAUAUGGAAUGCUGUGGUAAUGGAAAAUGCAUAAAACAGUCAUACACAUACUCUUGCCAGUGUAAUUCUGGAUACAGUGGAAAAUAUUGUGACUACUCCAUGCAGUCUGUUGAUUUCUUAUGUGAUCCCAAUCCCUGCCAAAACAAUGGUACAUGUACAAGCAAUGAGGAUUCUUUCACAUGUGUUUGUACUGGCAAUUGGACAGGUUCAAGUUGUGAAACUUCUUUGUUUUUGGAAUGUUCACAAUCUGAAAAGGAAUUGUGUAAAAAUGGUGGAAACUGUUCUUUUGUGAAUGGAACAGCAAUUUGCAUUUGUGCAGAAAAUUUUACAGGUCCAUACUGUGAAACAAAAACAACUUGCGUGCCCAUUUGUUUAAACAAUGGAACUUGUAAUUUAGUGGUUGAUGAAUUCACUUGUUUCUGUCCACACCCUUAUAUGGGAGUUGCAUGUGAAAUAAAGAUAAAUUUUUGCGAGUCAUCACCUUGUAAAAAUGGGGGGAGAUGUGAAAUCAAAAACGACGGGUUUUCAUGCAUUUGUCCACUAGGGUAUGCUGGAGAGCUGUGUGAAAUUAACACGGAUGACUGCAUUUCGCUUCCGUGUCAAAAUAACGGGACAUGCUUGGAUGGAAUAAAUUCAUUCACAUGCUUAUGUACAUCUGGGUACAACGGGACUUUUUGUGAAAUUGAUCAAAAUUUGUGUCAAAAUCUAACUUGUCUGCAUGGAAAUUGCACCGAAAUUGAAAACGGUAUUUUCUAUUUUUAUAAUUUUUUUGCAAUACUGCAAUUUUUUUGAGUAGCAAUAUUUUAAAUUAACAAAUAUACUGUAUUUUUGUUAAGGUUAAACCGUUUUAUACAAAGAUUAUCACAUGCAACACUGUUUAUAAAUGUUUUCUUUGAAUCCCCUUAAAAAUUACAUUCCCUUAC